ACACUGUGUAGAACGCGUCGACUGCUUGUGGUAGACGCCUACAUGGCCUCCAACUGUGUUUGUAUCGUCGAUAAGAACUGUGUGAAAUAUGUGAUGCGUUUGUUGCAUUGACAUCAUACGACAGUGCACGGAACCAAUCCAUAACGUGUGAGCCUACUUUGCCAAGUGAGUCUCUUGCGGUUUUGCCCAACUCUGCAUCAUGGCUGCCAAGCUGACGCUGCGGCAAAACUGGCGCGAGUGCGCCGCUUGGAAAGCGGAAAACCUGCCGCUCACCACGACGAACGAUCAAGCCUGCAAGUUGUUCGAUGCGGCGCUUACACAGUACGUGGGCUGGUACGACGACCCGACCCUUGGCGGGUUGUCUGGGACGCUGGAAAGUCUGAAAAAAACGGACCCACACUUCACUAUGGGUCAGGUACUGAACGUCGGUCUGACACUUAUCGGCUCCGGAGACAACGUUGUCAAAAACGCGAACCUGUCCGGUGACCUCGAUGUCCUGGACUCGGUCGCGAGCAAAGGUCGACUGCCGCACCGCGAGCAGCUUCACGUGGACGCCGUGCUUGCGUGGUCCCGAGGCCGGCUGUCGCGCGCGGCGUCGCUCUGGGAGGACAUCCUGAUCGACAACCCGACCGACAUGCUGGCUCUGAAGUUCGCUCACGACACCUACUUCUACCUGGGGUACCAGCGCCAGAUGCGCGACUCCGUAGCGCGCGUGCUACCGCACUGGAAGCCGUCCAUGCCUCUGUACUCGUACCUGCACGGCAUGCUCGCUUUCGGCCUGUGCGAGACCAACCUGUACGACCAGGCGCGCAAGGCGGGCGAAGAGGCGCUGCGGCUCAACCGCCACGACGCGUGGGCCACGCACGCGCUGGCGCACGUGCACGAGAUGCAGACGGACCCGGACGGCGGCAUCGCCUUCUUGAGCCGCACGCUGGCCGACUGGGAGCCGUGCGGCAUGCUGGCCUGCCAUAACUUCUGGCAUUGGGCCGUCUAUCACGUCGAGAAGGGCGAGGUCGAGGCAGCGAUCGACAUCUUCGACGGGCAGGUCUCGAAGCGUCUGCGCGACUCCGGCGCCAUGCUGGACUACGUGGACGCCGCCUCGCUCCUGUACCGACUGCAGCUGCGCGAAGUGCCAAAGCAGAAGCUGGCAACACGCUGGCCGGGCGUAUUCGACGUGGCGCAGACGCACUACGACGACCGCGUGCUGGCCUUCAACCAGCUGCACUUCCUGAUGGCCUUCCUGGGUGUCGGCGACGACGGCACGCAGCUUGUCGACCUGCAGCCGCAGCGAGACCUCGGGCGCCGCGAGGACGGCGGCUGGCCCGCCGACCAGCAGCGCAUCCUGGCCGAAGUGGGCCUUCCCGCGAUGCAAGCAAUGGUGGCUCACAAACAGGGCCGUUUCGACGACGCUGCUGAGAAGCUGGCCGCCGUGCGGUACGAUCUGCUGCGCAUAGGCGGAAGCAACGCGCAGCGCGACGUCUUCGACCUGCUGCUCAUCGACGCGGCCAUCAGGUCCGAGCGGCACACCCGUCUGGCUGAGGCACUGCUCGCCGAACGCAGCCUGUUGCGGCCCCAAUCGCCCAUGCUCAAAAGCCUGAACGAGGCCCUGGCCAAGCGCUGCAGCCCCUCUAAGAAGCCUGCUGGCGCAGCUGCGUUCGUCUAAACAUAUACCGUGCGCACUGAGGGUACUGGAGAGGCAUGCUAAGGACAGACAUUGAAUGCAUCCGUGUUCAGCAAAAGAGAAACGGGGCAGGACCUUUAGUCGUGUUAGCAAAUUUAUUUUUACACUGUAUGCGAACCAGCUCGUGUACUCGGUGAAAUUAUAUAUAAGCUUAUUUUUUAUUGGUACGAGCACAUUUGCGAAUGUGCAUCUAGGCCUCUUAUCCAACAGCCGUCCUUGUACCGUGGUUCAUAUAUAACAUUCCGUUCUAGUAGUAAGACUGUCUUUUAGCGAAAGACAUAUGGCCGCCAGGCGCUCGGAGAUGUAAACCAGCAGGUACUUUGAGCUCAUGCUUUUUUUUUUUUUUAAUGCUUUCGUUGAAGCACAUGCUGUAUCACGGAGAAUGCGCUCGCUCACUCAAUGGCAAGCAUGCGCUGACGGACGUUCUCUCCCACUGGCACACGCCCACAUCCUGCUGCGGAUAGACCCAGCGCGCUGCAGCAAACGGGCGUGCGUUCAGAUGCUCAAUGUUGGUACUCCGGCUAAUCUCACGGGGCAGCAAGUGUCGCGUCAGUAUAUUUCAGACCGAACGAGCUGUGACAAUCGGUUGAAUUGACCCGGGUAGGCUCAUUUUGACGCGUGAAUCCAACCCACUCAAACCGCUCACUGCGCGCCUAAACGAUUGUGCAAGUUUACAGCAGCUGCUGUAUAGACUCAAUCAUAAGUUGAGGCACUGUUCGCCGCCUUUUUCAGAAAAAAAUGUUGGAACAGAUUAAAUAUUUAUACAGAC